UAAAUAAAUAGAGAAAACUCUCCAAUCGUUUUCUUCUUCAUUGCCUGGGGGCACACACUUCUUCAUUGCAAGCGGGAAAGCUAGCUCUGUUCAUCCGAAUUCGUACCCACGAGAUAAUAUGGCUCGUUACCACAUGUCAUCGCUGAUCUUGCUGUUCUUAGUUCUUGCUCUGUUCGCAUCACCGAGCCAAGGCUUCCUAGGGACCAAGAAUAAGAUAAAAUCUGCAGUCUUUCUCUCACCAAAACUGGUGAUGAGUUUAGGAUCAGUGUCAGAUCCUUACUUAUUCGACAUAGAUUUCCCAAGAGGGCAUAUCGGUCUUAAAAGUUUCGAUGCUGAAGUAGUUGAUGAAGCGGGCAAACCCGUCCCUCUACAUGAGACAUAUCUCCACCACUGGGCUGUCCAACCGUAUUAUGUGCGUAAAGGUUCUAAGCUUCCACAGCGAGAAAUGUUUGCGAAUCACGGAUUCUCACAGCAAGAUCCACAAACCAAUCUUGAUUCGAGAUCUUCGGAUAUUAUUCUUGUUAAAAACGGAGGGUUGUGCAGGAGUUCAGUGCUCAGACACUACUUUGGUUUAGGAUCUGAAACCCGCAAAACCUCGACGUAUGUUCCUGAUCCUUACGCUGUUGAAAUCGAUAAUCCUGAGGAGAGACCUGAUGGUUAUGAAUUCAAAUGGCUUCUCAACAUUCACGCUAUAGACACCAGAUGUGUGGAGGACAAGACAGGAUGCACAGAAUGUCAUUGUGAUCUCUAUAAUGUAACCGUUAAUGAGUACGGUCGUGCUUUAAGACCCGGAUACAAAGGAGGUUUACACUGCUGCUACGAUAAGACUCAGUGUCGGGUGAAAAGCGGAUUUGGCAAUGGAGAGAAACAAAGAAAUCUGUAUUUGAAGUAUACUGUGAAAUGGGUUGAUUGGGACUACACGGUUUUGCCUGCUACAAUUUAUAUUCUCGACGUUACAGAUAGCCAAGAACAUAUUUGCCAUGUGGAAUACGAUGUGGAACCGUGCAAAACCAAUGGCGAUGGAUGCAUUGAUGUUAAGAAAAACAGCUUCAUGAUGCCAUUUAAUGGGUAUAUUGUCUACGGCGUAGCUCACCAACAUGCUGGUGGUGUAGGUGCUGCUCUGUACCGAGAGAAUGGUGAAGGAAUAUGUACUUCGAUGGCCAAGUAUGGCAAUGGAGUUGAACCUGGAAACGAAGCUGGUUACAUUGUAGGAAUGACGUCAUGUUAUCCUGCUGCUCCAGUGAAAGUGAGCUAUGGAGAGACAUUGACUUUGGAGGUUAAUUACAGUAGUGCCGUUGGUCAUACCGGAGUUAUGGGACUCUUUUACAUCCUCGUUGCUCAGCAGUUGCCUGAACCAGAGCUCUCCUUGCCUAAUCUUUUUCAGGCACAUGCGGGAAGCGUGAGCGUUUUAGCAUUUUUGGCUGUGACGGUGUUGGUGGCGGUAGUGGUUCUAAUAGCCGCCGUGACAUACCAGAGACAGAACCGGGAAGAUGGUUACCAUUCUCUUACUACAUGAAGAAAAAGAGUAAAACCAUGUCGACGACAUGUUUUUCAAAGUGAAUUUUGUUUGUAUACGAAGAAUUAAAAAUUAAGAACAUUUCGUUGUCAUCUUCCGUCUGAUGUGAUAUUAUCUGUAACAACAGUUACGUGUAAGAAGAACUUUGCUUUGUCAAAUACAUCACAUUCACACAAUUUUUCAA